AUUAGGAUUGCAGUUUGACUGAAGAGUAAUUGAGUAACUUACAACACCAAGUUCUGUGUACCAAGGGUCCUCGUACUCAGCACGCAUGAUCUUGUUCAGAUCGUUUGCGGCAGACCAUCUUGAGGGGAUCUCUGUGUCCUUCUCGAAGACUGUGAUAUCUGUGUAGCCCUGCUGCGACAGCUCGAAAGCAGUCGACAACCCAAACGCUCCACCACCGAUAAUAGCAAUGUGCUCGUUCUUUGAGAUACCCAUUGUGACGAAAUAUGACGACCAGAACCCAAGACAGUAACAGUGGACCGAAGAAAAGCGAGGAGAUACUUGGUCGUCCCCCACUCAAGGAAACCUCACAUUAUAACGCACCCACGAUCAACGGGCUCCAAUUCCGAACCCUGCGCCGUGUCUCCUCCACUUCCAUGAAAUCGCGUGAGACUAUCGGAAUACUCGUCUUAUCGAUAAGCUUCGCAUGCGUUAGUGUGAAUGGCGAUGCAUCACUGCCCCGCAGCUGCAGCACUACGCACUCGCUACGCACCGGCAGGCAUACCGUGCGCGUCACGGACACGAAACCGACACCAGUACACACCUGGCCAUGUAUCACCGGGGCCUGGGAUCCGAUGGCCAGACGACGCGAUCAAGGGGUCCAGAAAGGAAACUGAUGCGAUGCAAAGCGCAGCUGAGGCCGGCGUUCGGUGUUGUUGAUGAUACGAAUUCGGUCUGAAGAGUCGGUAAGAUUUGUGC